CGGGGGUGACUUUAUGGUGUAGCACCGGAGACAAAUGUCAGGAGCGUGGAAGGGCAUUGCAAGAAGCAAUCAUGUACAGAUUUUUAUUCCGGACCGUUUACACGGCUCGAAAGUCUUCUGUCCGUAUCUAUGAGGCGUGUGUGUUGCCAGUUAAAUGUGACAAAGCUGCAGUUUUUAGGUUUGCAAAUGGAGGGGGAGUCAAAGCCCUCAGCACAUGUUCUAUCAGGCUCUGUGAAAAGAAAGACAAUGUUGCCUCAUCUAUUGAAGAGGAGAAAACCCUUGCAGAAAAACCAGUCGACCCGACAGAAACACCAACUUCGGUGACACAGAAAGCUGAAGAUGACAGCAAAGUCAUCAAAAUGGAGGAACAAAGGGAGGAGGAGCCGGUGGUGUUGAAGACGGAGGAUGAAGGCACGACGCAGCAGCAGGUGGAUGUUAAAACUGAACAGGUUGAGGCAACACCAGCAGAAGUGAAAACUGUGGCAGCUAAGAAUGGGAAAGACAGUCUCCUUGAUAUUCUUGGAGGCAUGAGGGUGUCUGUAACCAGUAAGAGGAAGCUCAAAAACUUGGAAGCGUGGCAAAGCAAGGAUUCUACAACCAAGCCAGCAGCUAUGGAGAGCACCAUCAGUAUGUUUCAGAAGGCCACUGAGGAGGCUUCAGCCCAGAGUGAGACUCUGGAUCCUCAGCUGGUUGCCGCUGCGUCUGCUGCCGCCUCCACCCUCCCCGACAGCAGCCAGGCCGCGUCGGAGCUGCUCCGCCAGCUGAGGCAGCAACAGACCGUCACUGAGGCUCAGAAGAAAGGGGACAUGAGUAUCCUCGGAGACAUCAUCACUGACAUGAAAGUAGAAAAGAUCCCCAACAGGAGGCAGAGCAACCGGCCGGCCAAUCAGAUCCAGUUUGAUGACGACGGUCCAGGAUACACUCACGUAAAAGGAAUCGACACAGAGCUAUACAGUUCUCGGAACAAGAAGGUCUAUAUCUCAAGGCAAAGGCUCAACAUCUUCCCUUGCACUACUGAUGAAGAUGGAGUUGAAUCAGCAGUUGUCCGGCCAACUCUAUGGGACAUUGUUUUGGCUAAUGAUCUGUCUCUGUGCACCGAACAAACACACCGCAACGGGCUGGAGGAGAUGAUCCAGUGGACCAAAGAGGGGAGAAUGUGGCAGUACCCAAUCAACAACGAAGCUGGACUUGAGGAGGAAGCCAGCGUCCCGUUCCAUGAGCACAUCUUUUUAGAGGAACACUUGCAGGAGGGUUUCCCCCGACAGGGACCGGUGCGUCACUUCAUGGAGCUGGUGGUGGCCGGCCUGUCCAAAAACCCUUACCUCACAGUCCAACAGAAGAGGGACCACAUUUCCUGGUUCAGAGACUACUUCCACCAGAAAGAGGACGUCCUGAAAGAGGCUGAAGUUUACCUCAACUGAGACAAUUGCGUCUGUUUUCAACAUUUGUUGAAUGGGGACACAUAAAAGUAAGACCUGUUCACUCAGCGGGGCUUUGCAACUACGAUCAUCUUUAGCAUUUCAGUUGGAUUUCAUCACUUGCAGGAGGCCUGUUGAAGCGGCAUCAAGUCUGUGUCCUGGUGGCAAACAUUGUACAUUAUCUACUGUUUCUAAAAUGUUGAUCAGACUUCUAUAGAACCGCUGUUAAAAAGACUGCGUUUAUAGAUUGAUUGUACAAAGUAUACAAAAAGUGUAAAAGAGCAAAAAACGGCUUAUUCCAGUUAGUGACACACAUUUACUGCAUCACUGGUGAUUCAUUCAACCUUUACUUUCAUAAUCCAAUGCUGAUGCAGGCGAUUUACUGGCUAUGAUGUUUCAAUAGUGGUGACACAAUAAAAUAAAAAUGAUUUGGAUUUUUUGUA